AGUCAGCCUUUAAAGUAUGAAGCAAAUAGAUUGCAUACACGUAUUGUAAUCAUUAAUCAUAUAACCGUUUUGCUUUAGAUUUAGAAUUUGACAAAUGCAUUUAUAUCUAAAUUGACGCUGUUUAUUAGUAUUGCGCAUGAUUUCUUUUUACUGCAAUUCUACGACUGUACAAUUUCGCAUCUCACAAAAAAUCAACGAAUUGAUCAACAGUUGUGCGUAUGCGUUUCCCGCCCCCCAAACUUCAGCCAACAAUCCCCCUCGUGUUCUUGCGAUACCACAAUUACUGCCUUUAUUUAAACUAUUGUCGAAUAUCGCUACGCGCUGCCAUUUAAAUAAGAGCAAAAGGAACGCAGAGAUUCAUCCAUCGGUUUCGAAGCAGACUGAUUUCGGGCGUGAAGAGUGAGUUUACGCAGAUGGCGGCGUCGAUGGCUGUUGCUGCUGGCAGCGCCUCUGACGGCAGAGUCUUGUUCUCGCCAUCGUUGCUGCUCUUGUUAUUGCUGCUAGCGAUGACGCUUCUGCUCGAGCUGUGCACGUCGUAACAGUGGCAGUGGCUAGGAUUCGUUCGUUCUUCUACUGGCGCCUGGAUAGGCUUGCCUGCUGAUCUCGUUACCAGCACUUUGUGGGAAGCGAUGGUCUGUAUAGUUGUAAGUUAGCGGGCAGCUGUGGCGUCUGCAGGAGCACUUGUGCUAUGCAGGGCUUCUGCUCGUGUCGCUAUCGUCGGUCCGGUGCGCUGCAGUAUUGUGUAUAUCUGCUGCAAGUGGCCGUAAUGGUUGUCAAUACAGCAUGGAACAACAGUGUUUGAUUGUAGGGCGCACCGCGUUGUGCGGCGUGUUGGUUUUACCAAGGCGACUGCUCUUGCAGCAGUAGUAGCAGCAGCAGCAGCAGCAGCAGCAGCCGUUCUAGCUGCUACGACAAGUAUUCGACCCAGUAGUGGUCGAGCGCAGUUUACUGCCGGCUGGUGGGUAAGCGGCGCUGGUGCUGCAGGCGCCAUCGAAGGAUACCGUCAUACUUCCCAGCGACACCGAGGCGUGCGCAUAGGGCGACGACAUCGUGGGUUAGCGGAAUGUGUAUGACGGUGUAUCUGGUACGGUACAAUAGAGCCAGAUUUCUGUAAGGCUAUCUCAAUCAAGGCGGUAACCUAAUAACAGAGCAAAGGAGUGUUGCGUAGCCGAUCUGCAUUCGGCUUCUCGGUGCCACCAUAGGCUGUCCGCUGCAGACGGCCUUCGCUUCUCUGCCUGAGCUGAGUCCAUGCUGGCUAGCUCAUCGAAGACAGUUAGCCCGUCGCAUACGAUCGUCAUAUUCCCGCCACGUUUUUCGAUGGGCAUCGGCAAAACGAGUUGUCGAAAUUGUCGCCACCUAGUUUAGUUUUGUUUCGUUUAUUGUGCCCUGGCUACAGGCCUGCCCUCAUAGUCACUGCGGGUGCCACCCGGGGGCUGUUGCAGCAGCAACAGCAGGGCAAAAGUGAACAGUCAGCGAACGGCACCAUUGCGGGUAGCAGUCCAGUGAACUGGUUGAUGCAUUGGUUUGGGGAAGUUCGGUCUUCCUCAAAGUUGUUUUGGUGCUGUCUAAGGAGUGCGCAUUAGUAAAGACUGACAGUGGCAGACCACCGAUCAGCUUUUAGUCGCCUAUGUUGGUUCUGCUUAGUCAAUUUUUUCUUCUAACGAGGUGAAAGAGGGUGGUAAUAAAACAGUACCCAGUUCACCUGAGAUUUGAGGAACAGCCAGUUCUCAUCGUCGUCAGGUUUAACAUCAGCGACAGCAGCAGCACUGCCAGCAGGAGAAGCGGAGGGGGCCACAAUUGAACUGCUUUUGUGCUGCGUGUGGUAAUAUCGGUAGCAGUACUACGUGCAGUAGCUGAUGCUGUUUAGGGCAGUUGAACAAGCAGAUAAAUAAGAAGCGGUUGUACGACGACUCCGCUAAGCGUCCGUGCUGUCCUAGUGAUUGAUUUAGGUGAUUGUGCUGUGAUUGUCGGUGAUAGUGCUGCUGCUGGUGCUAUUGUGCGGCGGCGGCAGCUGUGUGUUUAAGAGUCAUGACGGUGCCUAAAGUAGAGGAUAAAGACCAUCAACCUGGCCAGGCAGCUGCAGUGGAAACUGGAACCGACCCGCUCGAACAUCAACGGGACCUUAUUACCAAGUUGCACAAGAAGCCAUUAGUCAAAGGCGAUCGGUGGUAUCUUCUCGAACACAAGUGGUUCAAACAGUGGAAGAAAUAUGUCGGCUUUGACACCUGGGAAACGCAAGAUGUCGGCGAACCGACGGCCAAUCCAGGGCCCAUCGACAAUUCGGCCCUCCUCAAAGACACCAAAGAUCCUGAGGAUUUACGAGAACAUCUCAUCGACGAGCUGGACUACGCUUUAAUGCCAGAGGAAGCCUGGGAAAAACUCGUAGAAUGGUACGGCAUUGUAGCGAACCAGAGUCCAAUUGCUCGUACUGUUGUAGAUUAUGGAAUGUUUCUCAAGAACCUGAGAGUUGAGAUCUACAAAAUGGAACUUAAAAUGUGUUUACAUCCAAACAUCGAUGAAUUGAAGACUUCCAGGUUUUCAAAGGUUGCCACGCUUGAGGAGGUUGAGAAAGUUGCGCGUUCGCUGUUUUCGGUAGCCGAUGACGCGAGCACUCGGCUCUGGUACCGGUUCAGUACAAACACCCUCGAGAUGAUCACAGACAAAACGAAAACAAUUCAGGAUGAGUCGCUCUACUCCGCGCAGGUCGUUCUGUUAGAGGUUCAAAAUGCUGACGGUUCAUGGCCUCGGAACACUCCAUCGAGCGGGACUUCAUCCACGGGUAGACUGGCUGGACUUUCUUAUGCUGGUAGUGUGAAUUCAUCGACAGGCGGUGCCCAAAAGAACAACCCAAACGCAGGUAGCAGUAGCAGUAAUGGGAGUCCUUCAGCUAGUUCGGCUACAGCCAGUGGUUCUUAUCGAAAUACAAGGUCAACAAGUGCAGGACUCUGUGGUUUACUAAAUUUAGGAAACACUUGCUUCAUGAACUCAGCCUUGCAGUGCAUGUCCAACACACCACCUUUGACAGAAUAUUUUCUCUCCGAUCGUUAUUUGGAUGAUUUAAAUCGAGAAAACCCGCUGGGAAUGCACGGAGAAAUUGCGAUCGCUUAUGCUGAUAUGAUCAAAGCCCUUUGGGGCGGCUAUACUCAGACGUACGCGCCUCGAGCUUUCAAAGAGAAGGUUGGGCGAUUUGCGCCUCAGUUCCACGGGUAUAUGCAACAAGACUGCCAGGAGUUAAUGUCGUUUUUACUCGAUGGACUUCAUGAAGAUUUAAAUCGAGUGAAAAAGAAACCCUACAUUGAGGCAAAAAACGCCGAUGGCAGAGCCGAUCGCGUCCUCGCCAAGGAGGCCUGGGCCAACUACCUGAAACGUAAUGAUUCCAUCGUUACAGAUACGUUCCACGGACUGCUCAAGUCGACGCUCGUCUGCCCAGAUUGCAAGCACGUUUCGGUAACUUUCGAUCCAUCGUGUUUUCUAUCACUACCCUUGCCACAACGCAAAGACAAGAUAAUCAAUGCUGUCGUCUUUAAGAACGAGCCUGCUAAACCGCAUAAGCUACGAGUCCACGUACCGGUCUAUCCUACGAAAUGUACAGGAAAUGACUUCUAUAGUAUUGUAGCAAGGAUCACUGAGUUACCCGCUGAAAAUCUGGUUGCCGCUAACAUGGACCUCUUUGACAAACGGGUUAAGUGGAUCAUCGAACCGAAUGAUGAAGAGAUCGACGACGUGGUCGACACCAUUUACAUCUACGAACUACCGACUAGCCCCUGGACAAAUGAAGGCUCGUUGAUCCGCGUAUACAUGCGAGAGAUAACCAGUCGAGGCUCAGGCGAACUGGCGUUUUCGACGGCGGCCAUGUUCGGCAUGCCAUUUUAUCUGUACUCACCGACAAAGCAUGUCUCCGUCAAUGACCUCUAUGAAAUGGCCUCGGGCUGGCUGAAAGGCCGAUUCGUCAACUUCGACAGUGCUGAAGCAGACGCAGAUCAUCAAACCAGCGACGAUGAAGAUGAGCCAAUGGACGAUGAAAGCGCGACAGAAGAACCAGGUCUCAACAAGGAGAACGGUACACAAAACUCGAGCCGAGACAAAGAAAACCAAGUGUCCGGAAUGGCAUCGACGUCCUUAUCCUCGUCGAUUCGGCGAAAGAAGCGGCUAUUCAAGGUAAACCUCGUAAAUGAAAUGUGCAACACGUCGCUCAACGAACAGGCAAAGGCGUCCAAUGGAGAAGUUCAACAAGGUGCGGCAGCCGCACGCGAUUCUGACGGAUCAGCCGACGGCGAAGAUACCUUGAUAUUAACGCCAAAAGCCUAUCUUGCUCUCGACUGGCUGCCGAAAGAUAAACAGGCCGCAUAUGAAGAGUGUUCCGUGUUAAUGAUGCACUCAAGCUACAUUAAUAGCGGACCGGCUAAUAAACGACCCGUUCGGCUCUGGGAGUGCCUGAAGCUUUUCACAACAACCGAAAAGCUUGGCGCAGAGGACCUGUGGUACUGUCCUGCCUGCAAAAAGCACCAGCAAGCUACGAAAAAAUUCGAUUUGUGGUCACUACCUAAAGUGCUCAUUAUUCAUCUAAAGAGAUUCUCAUACAACCGCUACCUCAGGGAUAAAAUCGAUACGUUGGUCGACUUCCCCAUCACUGGAUUAAAAAUGGGCCAAGUAGUACUUGAUCCGAAACAUAAAAAUGCCACUUACGAUCUUAUUGGAGUUGCAAAUCACUACGGUGGUAUGGGCGGAGGACACUAUACGGCGUAUGCGAAGAACAAAUUAACCAAUACAUGGCAUCAUUUUGAUGAUGCGACAGUUUCCCCCAUUAGUGAGAACAACCUUGUGUCGAAAAAUGCGUAUGUGCUAUUCUAUAUGAGACAAGAUCCGCCGAGCGUGCGUACCCGUAACGGUACAGAGCAAGCCAACUCAACGACAGUACCAACCUCUAAUCCGACUCGGCCACAGAGGCGGUCGGCGACACAGAGAAAUAGCUGGACGUCCGAAUCCGAGGAAUCUAUGUCCUCGAACGAAGAAUCCGAUGAUAUGGACUAUGAUGCAUGAUCGCGUCGAAAAAACAUAGUCAAGAAACUAGGCUGAGACUAAAUACGCGGUGUAUGCGGUUUAGUAUGGACCUGCGCCGGGCCCAUACCAGACUAAUGGUAUGAACACGAUGCGUGGGCUUAUAUCAUAAGUUAUGAACCCACGCACUUUUCAAAUUGCCAUUAGGUAGCUACCUGCACAAGGAAUGCUUCUCGUGCUUAAAAAACUGACGACCGCGGUAUAUGGAGCAACAAGGGUAGACAAGCUGUUCUGCUAUCAGAGGGAGGUUCAAAUGGGUGCUGUCAGAAAAAAGCAAAACCGGUCUAGUUAAGGCGUGGAUCACGUUCCCACGGUCGCACGCCCAUAAUCGGUUCAGCUUUACACCGAAAUGUGCUGUAAAAUAAUUCCUGUAAGAGUUUAAGUGCUAGGAAAAAAAACUAUACCGUCUUUUCUUGUGAUGUGAAGCUUCGUAGCGUUACCGAACACAAUUAUUUUGUUUCCCUUGGAGUGAUGAAUGAAAAUAUUCUUUUCAUUAUUGAUAAUGCGCAAUCAGGCACAACUUUAUUUUGAUGCAAAUCAUCCUGUUAUUUCUUAAUUUUGCACAGAAUAUUUUGGUGGUGGAUCGGAAAAACUAACAAGAUUAAGUGUGCAUUCAUAGAUCAUAGCAAGUACUAUUGACCUUAUGGGUAAAUCGAGGGGUUCGUCAUUUAAAGUAUAUAGGGAUGGGCCCGGUAUAUUUCCAUUUUUUUGCGACAUAGACCCGUCUUGUCUGGGUGAAAAAACAUACCAAGUCGGAAGAUAGGGCCAUAAUGGCUAGCACAAAUGCUGCUUGGCAGAAUACUCCAUAAACACAUCGGUGAGAGGGUUACCUGAUACUGAGGAAUUGUGACCAGAGAGGGUAUAUAUACUACCUGUGUCUGUGCAUCGAUAAUGACAAAGACAUAAAAAUUAGUGAAAGACGAGUUUUGAACGUAAUCACCACGUUCAAUUAAUUUUAUCAUCAUUAUUAUUAUAUUACUAAUACUAAUAGCGAUAAUGACAUGAUAAUAGCAAUUGCGGCCGCCUUAUGGUAGCGGUCUGGGUAAGACAACACACGAACGAGUCUUUUUGACGAAGUGAUCUUAUUAUUAUCAUUGGAUCAUGGCAAUUUAACAACAGCAAGCAAAUGACAAGCGAAAGAAAUAAGAUAAGUAAAGCGGAACAAGUAAAAAAUCAAAUUUUGGAAUAUUUGAUUAUAUGCUUGUGUGUGCGUGAGUGUAUUUGAAUAAAUGCGUUUGUGCAAAAAAAAAGGACGGCAUUGAUAUGACCAUGUAAAAUUGAUGGGUAGAAGACGAAAAAAAUUACUCGUCGUAGGAUAUGAAAAAACGUUGUCGUAGUUAAGGUAAGAGUGCCUAAUUGCAUCCUUUAGACUACUACUGUAUCAUCAAGGGUUGACGUUAUAUUUCACCUCUACGUGUGCUACGAUAAGGGCGGAUGUCUCGGCUGCUGAUGUGUAGCAGCUGCUUUUCCAGCCAGACGACGCCAGCGGGAUAGGUAAUUAGUUUUAUAUCUUUAUUAUAAUAUUAAUAUUUAUAAUAUAAUAUUAAUUCAUAACGAAACGGUAAUCACAGAAGUAAGCAAACAAUAAUUGACGAUAAUUAGAUGAACAAUAAUACUAGUAAUUAAAGUGUCAGAGCAAAGGCACAUUAAAGGCAUAAUGUAUGUUGAAACUUACAGAAAACAAAUAAAACGAAAGUUAUAGAUGAGUGCAAGUAUUUAGGCAAACCGACACAAGAGUUUGCUGAAAAUAAUUGACAAUACAAUACAGCAAAAUUAUAUAAAAACAAAAACACACAUUAUACAUACUCGGAAAUUGAAAUAGCUUUCAUAUUUAUUCAAUAUAUUCUAGAUACUAGAACUAAUUUAUUAUGCUAAUACUAUUGUCCUACUUCGAAACACUGAGAGCAUUUUUGAAGCGGAUCCCUAGUUUGUUUUGUCCCAUUUUGUCGGCACCAGUUACAAUAGCAGGAGCGACACUACAAUGAAAAAGGGAAAUGGGCCAGAGGUCAAAAAGGAGCCAAGGUUGUUUGUGUGCGACCAUCAGAUGGUAUUUGAUACAUGGCGGUACAUGGCUAAACGGUUAACGGCGUAUAGUGUGAUAUGGUAGCUGGUAUUUCGCACAGAUAUAAUGGAAACGAACUAUUCUAAUUAUUAUAUUCGUAGUAACAAUGAGUUGACGAUAAUUAUAUCAAUGUGCGCGACAAAGUGUUAAAGAUAAAACAAUGCUAGUAGUAGAGAAGAGAAUCGAGAGCAAAUAAAACGAGAGCCUGAAAAAAAAAUUAGACGCAGUAUUCCGAUUGGACGGGAGGAAAAACAGCGGCGACAUGCAUGCUCUAGGUAAAUUAGUUCCAAUGAUGGAGGCAAACAUGUAGAGUUCAAGUUCGAACUGAAAAAUAGCUGAUGUACGGUUGGUCAAGCAGGUGCCGAAACAUAUUCACAGAGAGUGGAGUAGUAGAAGGAACGAACGUAAACGGAGGCCAAAGGAUAUGGAAUGGAAAUAGUCAUAAAUGAAAAAUCGAUUAAAGUUGAAAGGACUCUGGGCAUCGUGAAGUGAGAAUAUUAGCAUAAGCAAACGGAAACAGAUUCGAGGUGAUACCCAUAUAAGACAAACUGAGAAAUGAUUAGCAACUAAGUAGGUAUAUGAUAACGAGGUAACAGACCAUAGCUCAUAAUAUGAGCUGCGAGAAAGUGUCGUGCAGAGAACAAACAAUCCAUUGAGACUAAUAUUGCAAGACAAUAGUGAAUGUUAACGAACAGGUAGCCAUAGAGCGAAAGGGCGUAUUGCCGUGCAUAUGAGACAAUUAGGAGAAACAAAAGACAAGAACGUACAUUAAAGUAGACUUAGAUUGCCAAGUAGGUCAAGUUCUACGCAGCGCCCAUUGAGACCCCGUACUCAUUCUGCACUCAAGAUCUCUUUUUCUCAUGUCAGUACCAUCUGAGGAAUGUUUUUUUUCACUUUUCUGGCGUCAGCCCCGCGUUCUACCACUGAUGCUGUUAGCGAGGUAUAGGAUCAGUUUGUCACUACGCCUAUAAACUACUCCGUGAGACAAGUAGUACAAUAAGUGAAAAAAACAAGUUUCGAAUUAACGAGUUUCGCAGGCUGUCAAUUCAACUUCAGCGCCACAACUACAUUGCUUUUAUUCUCUGCUAAAUGCUGAACCUAAAUAUUUGUUAUUAAGUUGAGGUAGAUAAAUAUUGCGUCACGAACAAUAGAAAUUGUAGCAAUCGAAAGGAACUCACAUAAACCGAGCGAUUUUUUUUAUGAAAAUGAGAGUAACAAUCGCAGACAUCAGGAGCGAAAACGGAAGAUUUCAACAAGGUUAAUAAAAAUGAAAAAAAAUCACACAUGUACAGCGCGUACGUAGAUGCUGAAUCAAUGGAAUAGAAUAGGCCAAGGUUUAGGUUGAAGAGCCGUUGAACAGAGCAAAAAGAUUCAAAUCUUAUCAAUCAUGCUAGUAGUAGCACGACGCUGAUCACGAUGAUAAGAUAUUAAUGAAAUAAAUGAG